CAGCUGUGCUCAUCGAACCUGGCUAGGACUUUGGUCCACAGUAAGCAACAUGAGAAAUCAGAUAGACCUGCUGGCCACUGUCACAGUUUUGGGAGUCUUGGAGCAAGCCUAUUUUGCACUGCAGGUGAUCUAUGCCCGACGGAAGUACAAGAUUUCCCCUCCCGAGACAACAGGUCACCCUGAAUUUGAGCGGAUCUUCAGAGCUCAGGCAAAUUGCUCAGAGUACUUCCCAAUCUUCGUCUCACUUCUCUGGGUUGCUGGAAUCUUCUUCCAUCAAAGUGUGGCCGCUGUGUGUGGGCUGCUGUACCUCUACACCCGCUUCAAGUAUUUCCAGGGAUACGCCAUGGCUGCACAGGGACGGUUGGGCCCACUGUACGCCAGCGCCCGGCUGCUCUGGCUGCUGCUGGGCUUGGCGGUGGCUGGGCUCCUGGCACACUUCCUGCUGCCCCACUCCUCCGCAUGGGUGGCAGCACUGGCACGGCCCUUCCGUCUGCUCAGCGCCUGGUGAGCGGGGCUGUGGCUCUCCCAAAAACCACUGCUCGCCCUUGGCUGAUGGGAGGGACUCGCAUGGCAUGGUCGGUGACUAUCUCCCUGGCUCUGUGCCUACCUUUGAAGGGAGGCGGAUGCUGGCACUCCUCUGCUC